AUGAGUACCGUCGUUGCUUGGCUUUAUGGACUUUAUUAUAUUCUUUUGGAUUGGAAGUUAGGUUUAUUUGGUUGGGGGAUCUCUGUGGGGUUUGCUACUACUGCCAAUAAAUAUUACUAUCAGACCCUAGAACCAGGUUUUGGCUCAAUCACCACCCAACAAUUUGUUCACUAUGCCGUAGCAAUUCAUAUAGCUAGUUGGUUAGCUCAAUUUUAUGGUCACGGUAUCCAUGAAAAGCGUGCCCCUGCGUUAUUGGAUAAUCUCUUGCAAGCUUUGGUUUUGGCUCCUUUCUUUGUUGUCUUUGAAGUUGCUUUUGCUUUGGGAUUCAGAAAGGAUAUGGAAAAGAACAUGAACAGCAAGGCCGGGAUCCGGGUAAGAGAUUUUAAAUCGGCACAGAAAGCAGCAGCAGCUGGUGGUGGAAAGAAGGCAGAAUAA